AUGGUGGCCCAAUUGCUAGGGCUGGCCUUUCUGUUUCUACCUACCCGCCUGGUCACCUGUGCGACAUCUGUGGUGAAGGUCAAUCCCAACUGGGAGGUGGUGUACCGGGAUACCAGUGUGUAUGGCGUAGUUGGCAGAGCGGUGAUCCUGGAGUGUGGUCCCACCUUACCUGACAUGUACAUAUGGAGCUUCACCAAGCCCGGAACUGAAGCCAUAAGAGCUGUGGUGUAUGAUUUGGGGAAAGGACAGAGGAUCCAGAAGCUGGCCGAGUCGCUCGGCCGUCUCACAGUCAUCUCAAACAGUGCAGCUGUGAGUAUCGAGAAAUUGCCACUGGCUGCACACGGCCUCUUCACCUGCCAGGCUUUCUACGACAUAGAACGGGAGCCCAAAGUCUACUACUACUAUGUGCACCUCACUGUCCGAGUUCCCGUCAGUAAGCCUUACCUCCUGAUGAGCGAUGCAUCGCCUGUGGAGGGAUCUACAAUGUGGAUGCGCUGCAAUCUGGACAAUGGGACCGGACCGAUCCGUUAUAUUUGGCAACAUGAGACCCGAGGUGGCAACAUCACAGCCUUUUCACAGGGCAACACCAGUGUUAUCAACGUGACCGACGUCAACCGCAACCACACCGGCUGGUACCGCUGUGUGGCCAGCAAUGCUGUCAACAGCGAGAGCUCCAACCGGUUAUGGCUGGACACCAUCUUUGGCCCAGACAUCCCUCAGAUAGACGUGACUCCGUACAGUAUAACAGAGCGGGGAUAUUCAGCUCUGGAGAGAGAGACUGUUUCUUUACUGUGUCAAGCCCAUUCAAACCCAGCCAGUCAGUACGUCUGGUUCUACAACAACUCCCAGGUCUACACGGGACCACAGCUAACCAUCACAAAGAUCCUCCGCAUGCACACAGGCGACUACGCUUGUUUGGCACAGAACACCUACCUCAAUACCCGCUCCAAAAAAACCAUCAGCCUGACUGUCUACUACCCGCCCGAUGGCUCCCCUUCCUGUUCUGUGGAGCCAGCUCUGAAUCACACCUCUCUGAGACUGCUCUGCUCCUGGCCUGGUGGAUUCCCCUCCCCCUCCCUCCACUGGACAGGACACCUGAGACAAGUGGGACAAGCUGAGGCCGAUACCGGACUGCAAACAAAUCCAGUGACCAACACUGCCCUCUUGCUUUCGUCUGAAAGCCUGACUGCCAACGACACCUUGUUUACUUGCAUGGGCUCCCACCUGGCGCUCCAACAGAGUGCAGAGUGCAGCACACGCUCAUAUAUUCCACCUGCAGAGCCGGUGUGUUUUGCCUAUGUGACUAACAACAAGCAGUAUCUGAUGCUGUCCUGCUCCUGGGAUGGAGGGGCCCCAAAAGCUUUGGUUUGGUGGGAGGGCCCAGGUGGCCAAGGCAAAGGCGUUGAGGAGAACUCCAACAUCUUGAUCCUUCGCUAUGGCACUGCCCGCGGCGGUAAACCCUACACCUGCCAUGCUAAGCAUCCACUUUUGACCCAAACCAAGACCUGCAGGCUCACGCUGGAGGCUCCUGUACUGCUGACACGACGCAGAGUUGUGUCUGUGUACGAGGGAAGUGAUGUUCAGCUCACCUGCAACCUGAGAGAAAACUACCUUCCAGUUAGUGAAAUCACCUGGUUUAACAACCAGGGUGUGGGUGUCCAAGACACCUCAAAGUACGCACUAAUACGAACAUCUGCAUGGGCCAAUCUGACGGUGAGAGACACGGAUGAGACUCAAGAUAGCGGCGAGUACAGAUGCUCCACUUCUAAUGCAGUGGGAGGAACUGAAAUCAAUGUCACUUUAGUGGUCAAGAGGCACCCCAUGCCACCCAAUGCGACCCUGCUCAGCGUGGUGUACAACAGCCGACAGCGUAACGAGGUGGACCUGGAGUGGCAGGUAGAGAACCAAGCAGGAGGAGGUUGGACAGGUUUUAUCCUGCAGCACAGAUGGGUGUCAGAGCGACCAGGAAGGAGAGGCAGCAACAAUGAUACAGAGGAGACGGAGGACAGGAUCAGUCCACCAGUCUGGUACCGUAACAUCAUCCAGGACCCUGAAGCCAGGAGUCAUACAAUAGCGAGACUGAUACCAACUGUUACCUACCAGUUCCGCAUCAUACCCAUCAACCAUCGCACCAUUGGACACCCUUCUGCAGCAAAGACUCCAGCGGAACCACGCCUCAAUAUGUACCCUGCUAUAAUCGGAGCAGCUAUAGGCGGGAUGCUCAUUGCAGCCAUCCUCACGGCACUGCUGCUCAUCUUCAUAAUCCGCAACCGCAACAACAAUCCUCGACUACAUGACAUGCUGUUUGGGUUGCAGCACAGCCAGUCGAGAGAAAACAUCAACUUUCCAGAGGAUGAAGUGGUAGCCAGGUCAGAGGGAGGAAUAGAGGAGAUUGGGGAAUCACCCAGUCCAGGUCCGUCCAUGGCUUUACCCCGGGCAGCUUCACCCCUAACCACCAGCCAAGCCCCUCCUCCUGGAGAAGAGCCUGUCAACGUCACCAUCACUGUCAAGGCCACAGGCUCAUAGUCGCACAUGCAUGUAUAUCACAGACUCCUUUGGCUCUAAUUUAACCUGGAAUUAAUAGUUUUGUAGACAGUUUGCACCAUCAUGACAGUGUGUGUAGCCACUUAGAUCUCAAUUCAACUUACAAUUCUUCACGUACAUCUCGUUAUAAAACUGUCAUUUGAAGCACGGACGUAAUGGAUACACUAAUUUCUACAUUAAAUACGUAUACUA